UCCUGUGGCUCCUGUGCCCGUUCACCCUGAGCUCAGCGCGGCUUGUCUCCAUAGCACAUCACAAUGCUGGCACACAGCCUCCUCCCCAUUUCCUCCCGGCUUUCAUUCAAUAGGCUUCUCCCCGCUCCUAUGGGCGGCUCCGGUGCGGCUAACAUUAACUCCUUCCUACAAAAAGCGUGUCUCUUCCUCCUUCCUUCCUUCCUUGUAUCGAUCUGGAGCCGGUGUGAGCUGUGCCUGCUGCUGCAAACCCCAGAGCACGAUCCCUGGGGGAGACUUACUGGUUGAUUACAAUGAAUGUGGAUCAUGAAGUUGGCCUUCUUGUGGAGGAGAUUCGUCGUCUUGGCACAAGAGGUAAUGAUGGAAAACUCCAAGUAAAGUUUGGUGUGUUAUUCAAUGACGACAAAUGUGCUAAUCUAUUUGAGGCUCUUGUUGGAACCCUAAAGGCAGCUAAACGGAGAAAAAUCUUGACAUAUGACGGAGAAUUGCUUCUACAAGGAGUUCAUGACAACACAGACAUUGUGUUACUUCAGGAUUAGAGGAGAAUGCCCAUGGUCUCCUGAAUUUCAGACCAAGGCCUCCUGCCCAUGACUGUAUCCAUUCUGCACUCUGCAAAAUACAGGUUCGGUCAUGAUGACAUUCAUGUGUUGUCUGCAUUUUUUUGCGGCUUCGUAGAAAUGAAUGGGUCCUUGUGCAGUCCGCAAAAAAAUGUGGAUCGUAUGUGGGCCAGAAAUGCAGUCAUGUGCAUGAGGCCUAAAGGUGUUCACCUCAAUGAAUUGUGUGCAAAGUCAAGAACUAAAAUUUUUAUAGUUGGACGUUGCAAUAAAUUUCCAGUCCGUUUUUUUUUUUUCUUUUUGGGGGAUGGGGACAUACAUUACUUUUUGUAACCUGAAAGGACCAAAAUUGCAAUAAAGUUUCUGAAGAACUAUUCUAAAAUAC